AUGGAGCUUGAUGAGCCGGUGCAGACUUCGGGGGGAGAGAAACGAGGAACAGAGGAUCUCGAGGUGCCGUGGGUCGAGAAAUAUCGGCCAAAGGAUAUAAAGGACAUCGUUGGCAAUGUGGAAACCGUGAGCCGCCUUCAGAUUAUCGCGUCGGAAGGCAACAUGCCGAAUCUCAUUCUCGCCGGCCCGCCCGGUACUGGCAAAACUACCAGCAUUUUGUGCUUGGCGCACGCUCUGCUGGGACCCAACUACCGGGAGGGUGUGCUCGAGCUCAACGCCUCCGACGACAGGGGCAUUGACGUGGUGAGGAAUAAGAUUAAAAUGUUUGCGCAGAAGAAGGUGAACCUGGCACCCGGCAGACAGAAGGUGGUCAUCUUGGACGAGGCAGACAGCAUGACAUCAGCGGCGCAGCAGGCGCUCAGGCGAACGAUGGAAAUCUAUUCCAACACGACGCGCUUUGCGUUGGCCUGUAACGUUUCGUCCAAGAUCAUCGAGCCUAUCCAGAGUCGAUGCGCCAUUCUCCGAUACACACGGCUGGGCGAUGAGCAGGUGCUCAAGCGGCUAAUGGAAGUUAUCAAGGCUGAAGGGAACAUUCCACACACGGAUGAUGGGCUCGAGGCGGUGUUGUUUACCGCCGAAGGGGACAUGCGGCAAGCGCUUAACAACCUCCAGUCAACACACGCUGGCUAUGGCUUUGUGAAUCGGGAGAACGUGUUCAAGGUGUGCGACCAACCGCACCCUCUGCUCAUCAAGUCGAUCAUGAACGAAUGCGAGGCCGGUGAACUCGACACGGCGCUCCAGCAACUCAGCUCACUGUGGGGCCUGGGCUACUCUGCCGUGGACAUCAUCGGCACCAUGUUCCGCGUCCUCAAGACCAUGAGCAUCCAGGAAUACCUCAAGCUCGAGUUCAUCCGGGAGAUCGGGUUCGCGCACAUGCGAGCGGUGAAGGGCAUGAACUCGCUUCUGCAGCUCAAGGCGCUCAUCGCGCGCUUGUGUGCGGUCAAGACCAAACUGGAGAGCUCUGGCGCCCAGCGAGAGUGA